GUAAUUUCAAAUUCAGAAACAAACGGCUAAAUUUGCAUUUUAUACAAAAUGUUUAAAAGAAAACUAUUUUUUAAAAUCCUUACAAUUUUAUUCGUUAUAAUAGCUAAGGCUAAGGGAAAUUUUCCUGUAAAUCCUAGACCCUGCCGUUAUAAGGAUACCAGUUGUAUACAAGAACGUAUUAACUUUUUCUUAAAUUCCAAAUAUGCAGGUGAUGGUUUUAUUAAUUUGCCAAAACUUGAUCCUUUGAGUGUGCCUUUGUUGAACAUACAGCCAGGCCCUAAUAGUCCCGUUAAUAUAGACUUGAUUAUGAAAAAUAAUUUACUAAGUGGUCUGAAAGAUGCUAAGGCCAUAGGCGUAAGUGGCUUCGAAAGGGACUUGAGUAAAAAACAUGAAAUAAAAUUGCAAAUACCUGUAAUUCAUAUGACAGGCGAUUAUAAUGUGAAAGGUCAGGUGAUAGUACUGCCAGUAGAAGGUAUUGGAAAACAUGAUAUAACAUUGAAUGAUGUUACCCUUGCUAUACAAUUCUCUGGCUCUCCUUAUGUCAAGAAUGGUCGCACUUAUAUGAAAAUCGAAAAUAUAACCGGCUCUCUUACACCGAAAAAGGUCGUUUUCAAUUUCGGUAAUUUAUUCAAUGGCGAUAAAGUUUUGACCAAUAAUGUUAAUGUUUUCAUUAAUGAAAAUUGGUUGGACAUUUUUAAUGAAAUUCAUAAUUCACUUUUUAAUAGUCUUACACCAAUUAUGCAGAAAAUUUUUAAUGAUGUCUUCUCGAAAUUACCCUAUGAAGAGUUUUUCAAUUUUUUUAAAAAAACAAAUUCGAAAAUGUAUAAAUCACUGUGUUUAGUUGUGGUAUUAAGUAUAGCGACUGUUUUGGGAGAUUUUCCUGCUGCUAUAACAAGAUGUCAGCGUGGAGAUAGCGGUUGUUUGACUCGGGCCACUCAAGAAGUUUUGAACAAAUAUCCCGGUGGUUUACGUGAAUUGAAUCUAUUGCCUUUUGAUCCAUUGCGUGUAAAUAGUUUGGUUUUGGAUAGAAAUCCUUCAAGUCCUGUUAAUCUUGAAUUGAAAUUUAAAGAUCUUGAUUUGCUUGGCAUGAAAACGGCCCAAGUGAAAACCGUCAAAGGUUUCAAUUUUAAAGAACGCAGCGUGAUUGACGCUUUAGUGCCGGAAUUUGUUUUGAAAGGAAAAUACAAUGUUGAUGGACGUGUCUUAAUUUUGCCCAUUGUAGGAAAUGGUGAUGCUUCGAUCAUUUGCAAAAAUCUUCAACUUAAAUACUCUUUCGAUUUGAAACCUGUCGAGAAAAAUGGUGAAACUUACGCUGAAUUAGAACAUGUAAAAUUGGAAUUUAAACCACAACUCGUACAAUUCCAAUUCGAUAAUCUCUUCAAUGGUGACAAAGCCUUGGGCGAUAAUAUGAACAAAUUCUUGAAUGAAAAUUGGCGUGAUAUUUAUAAUGAAUUGGAACCUGGUUUUGCCAAGGCCUUGAGUUUAGUGGCCAAACAAGUGAUUAAUACUGUUUUAACCAAAUUUCCCUAUGACACAUUAUUUCCCUAAAUUUAUAGUUUAAGGUUAUUUGUUUAAAUUUGGAAUACUUUUUUUAUAUUAAUUUGUUAUAAUAAAAUUAUUUUUUUAUAAA